AUGGUCACACUCCCAGCCAACUCAAUCCUCUUCAUCGUUCCAGAUUUCAUCGCUGCCAUCGCAGGUUUUGACAGGAUCCAAAAAUUCCUUUUGGAACCAACACACGAAGAUGGACGCUUGAAUCUCGCUCAUCACCCUGAUGACCCGGUACAUGUGGACUUAUUGAGCCAAACUUCAGCAAGUCGAUCCAUCAACUCUGAAAGUGAGUAUUCGAUCAGUCUCCAAGAUGUGUCAGUCCGCUUUAGUUCUGAAGAUCGUCUGGUCUUGAAGAACGUGGAUCUCGCAAUAGAGCCCGGGUGGGUUGUGAUGGUCACAGGUGCAACUGGGUCAGGCAAGACAACUCUAGCAAGAACGAUCAUAGGCGACUUGCAGCCCGAGAGUGGACUGAUCGCAACAUCAUCUCCACAAAUGGCCUUCUGUGCUCAGUCGCCGUGGUUAGCAAAUGGCACAAUUCGAGAUUUGAUCGCCGGAUCUCCGGGGUCUAAAAUAACAGAUGAGAAAUGGUAUCAAAGGGUCCUUCAUGCUUGCGAUCUGCAAUAUGAUCUUUCUAAGCUUCCGAAUGGUGAAAAGACAUAUUUUGAAAGUGGAGGAAGCUCUCUAUCUGGGGGUCAGAGGCAACGAGUGGCUCUCGUUCAUGCAAUCUAUUCUCGAUUAGAUAUCCUGGUUCUGGAUGAUGUCUUCAGCGCGCUUGAUGUGCGGACCGCACAGCGUGUGGCACAGCGAUUGAUGGGGCCAUCCGGGCUGUUUCGUGAAUACAAGAAGACCGUUCUACUGAUUACGCAUUCGACGCAAUCCCUUCCACUUUCGGAUCUGAUCAUCACUUUAGAGGAUGGAUCUAUAUCGCAGAGCACCUGGGAUCAGCUUAAGCCCCAGAAUUGGUCCGAGCAAGUUGACAAGGACCUUUCAGUCAAUGACCUGUCUGACAAUACCCCGGAAGAGCAGCCCGUGAGAUUAGACAUAAAGCCGGAGCGAUCGAUGGAUUCUGUCCGGCAAAUCGGAGACAGUGCUAUUUAUCAACACUACAUCAACGCAAUUGGAAAAUCACGAGUCGUGGCCACGCUGUUCAUCAUGAUAUCAUCUGCUUCAUUCGAAAUGCUGAUCCAGAAUUGGCUUCGGUGGUGGACAGAUGAUGAAAAGCAGAUCAACGAACAUGGUUCUAUCUGGCCGUUUACCUCAUUCUCGCUCUAG